CGCCACGCGAAUCGAGGGCGCGUAACAGGACAACCUAACAAUUUAUUAUCAUGCUUUGCGAAACCCACCCUCAUAUCCAAGUUUUGUGACCCUGAUUCCCGCGUCGUCGCCUUCGGUCAUCCUCGCAUUGAUAUUAACUUGGUGAAUAUUGCGAUUGCGCAUCGCCCACGGUUGAAUCCCAAGCGCGCAUCUAUAUCUCCCAUCUUCCCCCCCUUCGAGGCGCGUCCGGUGAACGAGGACUUUCAUAAUUGCUGGGUCGCGCCGGGACACAGUCCGCCAAUCCGCCAAUCCUGUGCCUUCGUACAAGAUGGCGCCUCGUCGAGCCGCACCGGUUGAAGAGGAGCAACAGGAGCAGGAUAGUGAGGAGGUCUCCCUUCAGUUCAAUGAACCCCUAUCAUGGCGACAGCCCGGCAAGCCAAUCCCGACAGAUCAGCUCUUGAAGCGACUCGAUCGACUGUCGAAGGAGCUUGGAGAGAUGGAUCAAGACCACGUCAACACAGACUCGUUGACCAAGGUUGCCAAAGAAGUCGCAUCACAUCAGCUCCUGAACCACAAGGAUAAGGGAGUUCGCGCCUACACCGCUUGCUGUGUUGUCGACAUCUUGAAGCUGUGCGCCCCCAAUGCGCCCUUCACCCAAUCACAACUGAAGGAUAUCUUCAGCCUCUGCAUCAACUCGAUCAUCCCCUCCCUGUUUGACCCCUCGAAUUCAUACGACAACCAGCACAAGUACGUGCUCUUCUCCUUUGCCGAGGUGAGGAGCGUUGUACUACUCCUCGAUGUCGAGGGCAGUGACUCCUUGUUGCUGAACCUCUUCUCGACCGUUUUUGACGGAGUUUCCGGAUCGAAAUCCACAUCCGGAGAGCAGGUCGCCAAGGAUGUCGAGUUCAACAUGCAGGAUAUGCUCGGCGCCUUGAUAGACGAGGCGCCAAGCCUACCCGCGAAGGUCGUCGACGUUAUAAUGGCACAGUUUCUGAGAGCUGCCGCCCCUGGAGGGACCAGGGAUAGGCACGAUCAUCUUGCGCUGGACGAGAAUCAGGCGACGCUGCUGUUGAAGGAGGAACCGGAAGCGUAUCAGAUCGCGAAGAACCUGUGCCAUCUCUUCCCAGACAAGAUGGCGCGGUUUGUGAGCCAGUACUUCAGCGAUGUCAUUAUGGAUGCGACAAGCUUCGUCGGGAGAUCCAACGGCCACAAAGACGGGGGAGACUCUGAAGACGAAGAUGGUCCUAUUGGGCCCUCUGAAUCGGACUUGAGGGAACUCGGGAAGGCACAUCUACUCAUUCGGGAAAUCUGGAGGGCGGCACCCAUGAUUCUCCAGAACGUUGUGCCCCAAGUGGAUGCCGAGUUGUCGGCAGAUAACGUACAUCUACGACAGCUGGCCACGGAGACGCUCGGAGACAUGAUAUCCGGCAUUGGUGCUGCAGGCCCGCCAGCACACCCAACGCUGGAUCCGGUCGCCUAUCCGCCUCUGAAACUUGAUGACGAAGAUUCGGAGAACCCGGCGGCGACGAACGUGUUAACCACGCCUCUUGCAGCACAGUCCUUCUCCCAGACCCAUCCUGCAGUCUAUCACAACUUCAUUAGCAGGAAGAAUGACAAGGCAGCCACCAUACGUGCCGCGUGGACCAUCGCCGUUGGCUACGUCCUGUCAACUUCGGCUGGCGGCAUAGGCCUCAGUCGGGAGGAGGAGGCAGUUCUCAUCCAAGGCCUCGGCGAGAAGCUCAGUGACAGCGACGAGAAGGUUCGACUGGCAGCGGUGAAAGCGAUUGAGUCGUUCAAAUUUCGGGACAUCAUCCUGAAACUGGCACCUAACGGAGGUGUCGGCAAAGAGGGCUCUGUCCUGUCCACCCUUGCCGAUCGUUGUCGAGAUAAACGGCCUGCCGUUCGCGUUGAGGCCAUGUCCCUUCUUGGCAAGCUUUGGGGUGCUGGGACCGGAGAGCUCCUGGCCGGACACGAAGGUGUGACUGCUGCUCUCUCGGGGAUCCCUUCGCGCAUCUUGAAUACAUUCUACGCCAAUGAUCCCGAGCUGAACGUGCUCCUGGACCGCGUCAUCUACGAGUGCCUCGUGCCUCUGGCAUAUCCACCCCCACCUAAGAAGGCUGGCAAGAAUACCAACGGAAGUUCGCAAUCGCAGACCACUACUGCCGCAUCGUUUGAUCAGGACGCCGUUCGGGCAGAGAGAAUCCUGCUUCUUGUCCGCUCCCUAGAUACGGGGGCGAAAAAAGCAUUCUUUGCUCUACAAGCAAGGCAGCCGCAGUUCUCCAAGGUCGUCCAGACUUUUAUCGACCAGUGUGAACAGUUUAACGCCGGGGUCAUUGACAGCGGUGCAGUUGAGAAGACGGCAAACCUGGAGAAGACGAUUAAGUACAUCACUCAGUUCUUCCCAGAUGAUGCCAAAACGAGGAGCGACCUGCAGAAAUUUGCAAAGACUAAUGACCGCCGGAACUACCAUCUCGUCCGAUACGUUGUUUGCCGGGAGCACGACUUCAAGACGGCCCACAAAGCCUUGAAGGAGCUCAUAAAGCGUAUCCAAGCUGGGAAGGAACCCUUCAUUCUCGAGACCCUUCUUCCUCUUCUCUAUCGGUCGGGCUGUAUAAUGCUCAACCGCAGCCAUCUUGCGACAAUUAUGGAUUACUCCAAGACCGACAAGGACAGUUUCGGGGCUGUGUCUCAUGAGAUAUUGAACGAGAUCUCGCAACGAAACCCCGAUCUGUUCAAGGCACACAUAGGGGAGCUCUGCAAGGACCUCGUCGACCAAGCACCCUCCGCCACUCAGCCGAAUGAUCCCGCUGCCGUUCAGUCUCUGAAAGCUUGCGCUUCUUACUCGCGCAAAUAUCCCGCCGAGGUGCCGAUGGAUCGGAGCUUUGUUCACACUAUGAUCAACUAUGCGCUGUACGGUAAACCGCCAAGGGCGGCCAAGUAUGCCGUACAGAUCCUGUUAUCCAAGAAGGAUGAUAAGAGCUUGACUAGUGCCACCGAUCUGGUCCAGAGAACGAUGAAGGACUGGAAAUACGGAGGGACGCAUUUUCUUAACAGACUGACAACGCUCAGCCAGUUGGAGCUACUAGCGCCGAAAGUCAUGGAUGAGGUUGAUGACGAUGUCCUCAACAUUUGUGUUCAGCAGAUCCUCCUCCAGGUUCGAACAGACGCCAGCGAGAAGGACCCUAACUGGGUUGUUGAUGCCGACCUCGACGACGAGUGCCAAGCCAAGUGCCUCGCCCUUAAGACCGUGGUGAACCGUAUACGGAGCAUGGAGGAUCUCGAAUCCGCCAAAGCGAACGCGAAGGCCACCUGGCGACUCCUCAAGACACUCGUUACCAAGGGAGGAGAGAUCUGCAAGACCAAGGACACGCCGGCCCAUCACAGAUCGAGACUGCGUCUCCUCGCGGCGAAGUUGAUCCUCAAACUCUGCACGCAGAAGCACUUCGAUGACCAGCUCACGGCGUCCGACUUUGACCAACUCGCCUGGAUAACGCAGGAUGAAGUUGCCGAAGUGCGCCAUAGCUUCGUGACGAAGCUACAGAAGUAUCUCGCUGAGGGCAAACUGCGGCCAAGAUAUUACACCAUUGUGUUCCUGAUGGCAUUCGAGCCUGCGGCAGAUUUUAAACAGCGCACCGAGACGUGGAUACGGUCUCGAGUGAGGCAUCUACGGGACGCUAAGCAGCCAGUCAUGGAAGCUACCAUGUCGCGCCUGAUCUCGCUGUUGGCUCACCACCCCGAUUACGGCCAAGACUUGGAUGACCUGGUUGACCACGCUCGCUACCUCGUCUUCUACACGAGCUUGGUGGCGACCGAGUCUAACCUGGGGCUGAUCAUCAAGUACACCGAGAGACUGAAGCAAACGCGGGAUGCCGUCCUUCCCGACAGCGAAAACCACCGUGUCCUAAGCGACCUGGCCCAGGCCGUGUUGCGUAAAUGGCAGGAGAAGAAGAACUGGACCUUCGAGGCCUAUCCCGGCAAGGUGGGGCUACCGCUCGGCCUGUACACAGCGCUCCAAGCCCACAGCGAGGCCCAGGAGGCUGCCGCGAAGCAGUACAUCCCGGAUGGCAUCGAUGAGAAGCUCGAUGAACUCCUGCGCACAGUCGACCGCAAGAAGAAGCGUAAAUCUAUCGACGAGCGGCAUGACGGCCACCCGCCCGCGAAGAGAGUCAAGGCGCCACCCAAAGCGGGCAGCGCAAAGGAGCGCAAGGCCCCCAAGCCGACGCCGAAGAAGGCAAGCCCAAAGGCGAAGAAGACGACGACGACGACAAAGAAGACGUCCUCGAAGGUGGCGCGGGACCGAGAAAGCGCCGCCGACCGCCGCCGGAGCGGGCGGUCGCGCAAGAGCCAGACCUACAUCGAGCGCGACUCGUCCGAGGACGACGAGGAGAUGCUCGACGGCGUCGCCGAGUGGGAGUAUGAUGCCAGCAAUGGGAGCGGAGAAGAAGGCAGCGACAACGGGUCGGAAGGCGCGGAAUCCCAGCCCGAGGCCGCAGACGUGGAUGAGGACGAGGACGUGGCCUCUCCCCCGGCAGCGGAGGGGGAGGGGGAGGAGAGCGAGUUGUCGGACCUAGACGACGGCUCGGAUAUCGAGAAGGCGGCGUCGCCGACUCCGCCGCCACCACCGCCGCCAAAGGCGAAUGGCAAGAAGGCCAAGGGCACGCCCGCAUCGUCGUCGUCGUCGAAGGCGGCGGCCGCCACUGCCAAGCUGGCCACGAGAGGAAAGGUCGCCACGAGCAAAGCCACUCCUGCGGCGGCCCAGGGACCUACGAGGGCCUUGAGGGGGAGGAAGGCCAAGGCGGGUGCUUACGAUAUGGAUGAGGACGAUGACUAAUUGAAUGGGGAAGGGGUCGGGAUUUGGGGGGUGGGGAGGCGAGGUUGUCUGAAGGGUAGUUCCGUGCGUGUGCUCCUCCUGGUCUUUGCUUGGCUAUACCCUCUAUUGCACAUAUACCAGGAGAACGGGUGGUAUUUGAUCGUCUAGGUAGCUCAUACCCUUAUUCUUAUGUCGUGGGCCAUCGCUGUGGCCCGGGCUCUUUGGCUUAUUCUGUCUGGGCUUGCGGGAUGAUGAUUACGAGGAGGGAGGCUAAAGUUGAUGCUGGCAAGUUUUCCCUUUUGGCUUCGAUGUUAGUAGUAGCCGUGAACACCAGAAGCUAUGAAUUAUUAUUAUUUUCGGAACUCGCUUGCCAUACAUAUUCUUGAUCAAGAAUGGAGCGAAGAAGAUUCAGG